CUAUUGCUCACCAAAAACAUGCACUUAGUGUUAAGUACCGGGCACAUGCGGUUGUGUUGUUUUCAUAGUGUUACAACGGAUUAAAUAAAUGAUGUUCUAUAUUGUGAUAUUUGCCCUGGUCGCCUUGUACUUCUAUGGUAGACGAACGUUUAAUUACUGGAAGAAAAGGGGUGUGAAAAAUGAUCCUCCCAUAGCUUUUGUUGGAAAUAAUCUUAACCAAUUUAUACAAAAAACUAGUAUGGCCACGAUCGCUGAAGAAACAUACCUCAAGUAUCCGGAAGAAAAAGUUGUGGGCUUUUUCAGAGGAACGAGGCCGGAACUGAUUAUACGAGAUCCAGAAAUUAUGAAACGUAUUCUCGUGACAGAUUUCAACAAAUUUUAUUACAGAGGACUUAUGCCUAACACGCAAGUAAUAGAACCUCUCAUGCAAAAUUUAUUUUUUGCUGACGGAGAUUUGUGGAAAUUAAUGAGGCAGCGAUUUUCGUUGGCUUUCAGUACUGCAAAGAUUAGGGCUAUGUUUUCAUUUAUUACGGAGAGAGCAGAAAAAUUACAAUUGCUUGCUGACGAAGUAGCCAAAUUAGAUUCAUAUGAUGUUCGCGAAUUAAUGGCGAGAUAUACCACGGAUUUUAUUGGCGCCUGUGGUUUCGGUAUUAACAUGGACACAUUGAACGACAACAAUUCUGAAUUCAGGAAGUUGGGGAGGAGGAUUUUUAUACGCACACCGCGCGAUGCUACGCGUGGGGCAUUAAAAUUCAUAUUUCCAAAUAUGUGUAAACAUUUGCAUUUUUUAGCUUCUGAAUUGGAAGAUUCAAUGAACUAUUUAGUGAAAUCAGUGUUGCAGAAAAGAAAUUACGAGCCAUCGGGGCAGAACGAUUUUAUUGACUUGAUGCUUGAAUUGAGAAAGAAAGGAAAGAUCGUCGGUGAAUCUUUGGAAGAAAAAAAUCCAGAUGGGACACCUAAAAUGGUAGAAUUGGAUUUAAGUGAUAGUUUAUUGAUAGCGCAAGUCUUUGUAUUUUUUGCUGCCGGUUUCGAAACGUCGUCGACGGCUUCCAGUCAUACAUUGCAUCAGUUAGCUUUCAACCUGGACUAUCAGCGAAAAGUGCAAGCAGAAAUCGAUGAAGUCUUAAAGAAACAUAACAAUAAAAUUACUUAUGAUGCAAUAAAUGAAAUGAAGUAUUUGGAAAAAGCGUUUUAUGAAUCCUUAAGGAUGUAUCCACCUGUAGCUUUUUUAAUGAGAAAGAGUGCUGCACAAUAUACUAUACCCGAGAUCGAUUUGACCAUCGAUAAAAACGUUACAGUAGUUAUUCCAUUAAGAGCGAUAUUUAAUGAUGCAAAAUACUUCAAAGAGCCUAAUACGUUUAAUCCAGAUAGAUUUACUUCGAGUAAGGACAUGAAAAAUAGUAUAUUUAUACCUUUUGGUGAUGGACCACGAGCAUGCGUUGCUGCGAGGUUGGGGUACAUGCAAUCAAUGGCCGGUCUUGCAGCGAUACUACAAAAGUUUGACGUUGAAACUACACCAGAAACCAUUCUAAAACCAAAGUCGGAUCCAACGGGAAUCGUCUCAGAAAAUUUCAUCGGAGGGCUGCCUCUUAAGCUAAGAAAACGAAACUGUACAUAGUUUAAAAACAAAUAAAAAUUAAUACUUUUUUAUAA